UUGAAUGAAUUAGUCUUUGAAGAAAAAUGAAAAUGCAGAGGACAGCUUUGACCAGGAGGAGCUUCAAGCUAGCAGCGGCUGCGAGGAGGAAAUGCAGAACAUCGAGCAAAGGCAAUCCGAAUAAGGCAACGACUGUUAAUACCGCAAUUACUAUAAUAGAUAAAAAAAGAUCGAGAAGUAUAAAAUCACUUAUCAGAAGGUUGAGAUUGGAGAUGAAAGAGAGAGAUGAAGAGCAAAGAAAGAUAAAAGAAGGGCAAAGGCAAGUAAAAGAGAGAUCGGAAGCCAUUGAAGUAGAAUGUGAGGAACUCCGGAAGGAGGCUCUCCUCAUAACACAACAAAGUGCGAGCACCCAAAUGCGCCUCGCACUCAUGUUUCAGAUACUGAAAGCAAGGGAGAACCUGGAGUUCGACAAGGCAGCCAUAUGCAGCCUUGCUCUUCGUGGAUUGGUCGAGAGAGAAAAUCAACGAAGGAAGCUUUAAGGAUCGGCUUGUGGGGUUUGACCCUAGUCCAUUGCUUCAUGUUCGAUCAUCGUUCACGAAUCGACUUCCAUGAAAAAAUGGGGUCUUAAACAUUUGAAUGGGGAUUGUUAAUCCUUAAUUAAUGAAGAAGUAAUGGAUUGGAUCAUAAUUUAAUGUGUGCGGGGCUUAAUAUUGCAA